AUGGAUAAUUUCUUUAUUAAAAGAAAGAGGAAUAAUGAAGUGAAAUACACAGAACCAUGUUCAAGUUCAGCUGUUGGAUCUGAAAGUGUGACAGGUGACAGUAUUGAGAAAAGUACUGACUCUAACCAGCAAACUUCAGCCUUGUCAGAACCGCAUUUCAAGAAGAAAAAAGUAAGUUCAAGACGUUAUAAUGAUGAUUAUUUAAAAUAUGGUUUUAUCAAAUGUGAAAAACUGUUUGAAAAUGACAGACCCCAGUGUGUUAUUUGUAAUAAUAUUCUUGCAAAUGAAAGCUUAAAACCUUCAAAAUUAAAAAGACACUUAGAAACUCAGCAUGCUGAACUUACUGAUAAGCCUCUGGAGUAUUUUCAGAGAAAGAAAAAGGACAUAAAGUUAUCAGCACAAUUUCUUAGUUGUUCUACCACUUUUAGUGAGAAAGCUUUAUUAUCAUCGUAUUUAGUUGCAUAUCGUGUGGCAAAAGAGAAGAUGGCUCACACAGCUGCUGAAAAAAUUAUCCUUCCCGCAUGUCUGGAUAUGGUGCGGACAAUUUUUGAUGAUAAAUCAGCCGAUAAACUAAAAACUAUACCUGGUGACCACACAAUCUCCCUUCGAAUUUGUACCAUUGCAGACCACUUAGAGACAGUGCUCAUCACUCGCUUACAGUCUGGGAUAGAUUUUGCACUCCAGCUGGACGAGAGCACGGAUAUUGAAAGCCGCACAGCACUGUUAGUUUACGUCAGAUAUGCGUGGCAAGAUGAUCUUACGGAGGAUUUUUUGUGUUGCUUAAAUGUAACUUCGCAGCUCAGCGGAUUAGAUGUUUUCACAGAAUUAGAAAAGUGCAUUGUUGGUCAAUAUAAGUUAAACUGGAAAAACUGUAAAGGAAUCACAAGUGAUGGAACGGCUUCCAUAACUGGAAGACAUAGCCAAGUAAUCAAGAAAUUGCUGGAAGUUACCAACAAUAGCGCUGUGUGGAAUCAUUGUUUUAUACAUCGGGAAGCCUUGGUAUCCAGAGAAAUUCCACAGAGUCUCAUGGGAGUAUUGAACAAUGCAGUGAAAGUUGUUAAUUUUAUUAAAAGCAGCUCACUGAAUAGCCGACUUCUUGAAACAUUUUGUUCAGAGAUGGGAACUAAUCAUACCCACUUACUGUAUCAUACUAAAGUUCGUUGGUUGUCUCAAGGGAAAAUACUAAGCAGGGUUUAUGAACUCAGGAAUGAGAUUCACCAGUUUCUCAUUGAAAAAAAAUCUCAUUUGGCACAUAUCUUCGGAGAUGAUAUUUGGGUAACAAAAUUGGCGUAUUUAACUGAUAUUUUUGCCAUUCUUAAUGAGCUGAGUUUAAAACUACAAGGGAAAACCAGUGACAUAUUUCAGCAUGUGGAACGUAUCCAAGGAUUCUGCAAGACAUUGUUGUUAUGGCAAGCAAGACUUAAAAGUGAUCGUCCUGUGUACUACAUGUUUCCAAAAUUUUUGCAACAUAUUGAAGAGAAUAUCAUUAAUGAAAACAUUUUAAAAGAAAUACAAUUAGAGAUACUGUCGCAUCUGACUUCUCUGUCUCUAACUUUUAACUAUUUCUUUCCAGAAGAGAAAGUUGAAAUAUUAAGGGAAAACUGUUGGGUAAAAGAUCCAUUUGCUUUUCAAAACCCUGAAUCAAUAAUUGAGUUAAAUUUGGUGCCUGAAGAAGAGAAUGAAUUAUUGCAGCUCAGUUCUUCAUAUACAUUGAAAAAUGAUCACGAGACAUUAAGUUUAUCGGCAUUUUGGAUUAAGACAAAAGAAGACUUUCCAUUGUUGAGUAGAAAGAGUAUCCAGCUCUUGUUACCAUUCACAACAACUAAUUUGUGUGAACUAGGGUUUUCGAUCUUGACCCAGUUAAAAAUGAAGGAAAGAAAUGGAUUGAGUGAUGCAGCAGAUAUGCGGGUAGCAUUGUCCUCCUGUGUUCCAGACUGGAAUGAACUUAUGAACAGGCGAGCACACUCAUCACAGAAAUAA